UACCGACGGUUACCGAUGCAAAAGAAAAGCCAGCUUUUGUUUUUUCAGUUGCAAAUUGUAGCAAUCAAACAAAACAGUCGGUUGGUUUGUUCGACUAAAAUCUUCGCUUGGAAUUCAUUCGUUCCAGUAGUAUUUAAAUUGUUGCCGAGUAAUGGACCGUUUGGCGAAGCUUCGCCACCGAUCGUCAGUUGGGCUGAACUCAAGUUCGACAUCGUCGCUCACCGGGACCGGCUACGAGACGGCCAAUGACGAGAGUAUCACCUCCGGUUGCUCGAUGUAUUACUCGAUGACGGAAGGAGAGGAAGCCCCUAGCCCCCGGACGGGAGCGGAAGCGAGAGACGACUGCAAAGAGGACCAAACACUUUCCUGCUCCCACGCCACGGUCGAGGUGACCGAUCAAACGCUGCAGAACGAUUUCUCCGUGGAGGAAGUGAGCACCAUCCGGAAGGUUACGAUCGCACUGAAAGCUUCCCCGGCGACGGUUGAAAUCGCCAGCCAGAUGAGUGUCAAGUAUAUGGGUGUUUCGUCCACUCCUGCCAAGGGACCGCCCAGUGCCAGGAAGGUGAAGCCGAAAACACCGGCUGGCAACGGAAAUGAUUUGAGUGGCUUUGCCGAGCUGAAUGGAACCGGGGACAAGAAGUCAUUGUCGAUAAUGCGUAAAAUGAGGGAGCCGAAACUGUCGGAGUGUUCUUCGACGGAGGAAGGGGAUGAUUCGAGAUUCGCGUUGGAUAGCAGUGUCCGCUCGGCGGUGGAAAUCGAGAAAAUCGCGGCUGUCGGCAAUAAAUCGUAUGGUACGAAUGUGUUGUCAAACUUUUUCGCCUCUCUGGAUGUGAACAAGUGUUCGCCUAGGAUUCCGGAGAUUAAAGUGGAUGAACCGGUGGAGGAUAAGACUGAUAAGACUGACAAGACCCCGCCGAAGCGGCGGGAUUCCAAUUCAUUGCAAAACUUUUUUGAGUCGCUCAAAAAGGAUCCCAUGCCCGAUCGUGGUAAGGAAAAUAAACCCGCCAGUGCUGUUGAGCGGCGAAAAAGUGUUCGGAAGUCACUUAUGCCUAAAGCGUCGGAAGAGCGAGCGAAAACAAGAAGCUCUCUUUUGGCCGUCGCCAGUCCGAAUCGAGCUGCUUCUUCGAUUGUUAAGUCCGCAAAGAAAGCGAACCCGGUAAAGCUGAUCCCCGAGAAGUUGAAACAAAUGCGCAGGGCGGCUCAAUUGGAUUUGGUUAGUGUCAAACGGAAAUCGGUUGUUCCGGCUCCGAUGGUGAGGGCCGCGGUGGUGGCCAAUCCGAAGGCAGACGAAAAAGAGCCAACGGUAGACAAAUCGAAGAAUGAAGAAACAGUUGACAAUAAGAAGGAUAAUGAUGUCGUUGGAGAUUGUUUGAAGGUGGGAGCAUCUGAAGCUGGUGGCAUUGCCGUCAAGAAAGCGUCGCCAAAAAUACCGAAAUUGCGCAAAUCGAUUAUGCCUACAGCGGUUAGGUCCAGGCGAUCCGUGGUUCCAGCGGCAAUUACAGCCCAAUCGAAGGUCUCCCUCAGGAUCCCCGCGAAGACGACUCUGGCCAGCAGCGAAUCAGCUCGACGUAACUCUCUUGGCAAACGGCCAAGUGUUCAAACUAAAACCGAACGCACAGAGCAACCGCUCGCCAAGCUACGCAAAUCACUUGCCCCAGUGAAAGAGGCCACCGCGUCCAAGCAACCCCCUAAGAAGGAAGUCACGAAACCACUCGCGUCCCGUAUUCGUCCUCCAACUGCUACCGGAGCGAGCGUGUUCAAAAAACCGGACUCAUUCACCUGCGACAUUUGUCAGCGCUCAUUCCGUCUGAAACUCACCCUUGAAGGGCAUAAAAAAUCAACUCACCCCCACGGAACAGGCUCGCCAUCCUCCAGGACAGCGGGCAGCGAUGGUGGCGCCACCACCAGUAAAAGCACCGAUGCCAACAAGUGUCGCCACUGUGCCAAAUCGUUCGCGAGCGCGAAAAUUCUUUCCAAUCAUCUCGCGUCGAAUUGUGUCAAGAUUCCGCUUUUGGAAAAACGAAAGCUACUCGCUCAAAAUGAGCAGCAACGAGCGGCCUCUGCCAAAACGACCACGACCCUACCGACCAAUGACCGUUCCACACGGGAGCGAAUGGUUCGUCCCAGUACGAGCCGGGCCGAUAGUAGCAAUCGGGAGAACAGCUCGAACAAUUCGGACACGUCCACUUCCAGCAGCAUUGGGGACACAAGCACCAAUACGAGCGGUGGCAAGCUGACCAACAACAACAACAACAGCACCAGCCGGAAGCUGGCCGUUGGCCACACGGGCAUCACUCGGACGCCGAAGAAGGAGAUGAAAUGUCAUCUCUGUGUGCAGAGAUUUUUGAACGCGGUCGAAUAUGCGCUGCAUGUGCAGACUCAUGUUAAAGGGAUAUCGGCCCAGGAGAGUCCCGAGGCCACGACGUUGGCGCCCGAGCGGGAUGAGAACGGGUUGCUUCGUAUGGACGAUGCCAAGCAGAUACUGCAGAAGCUGGCGUUCGUGAGGAAAAGGUCGGCUCGCAAGUGAUGGAUUGAUUGAUUUAUAUAUAUAUUUUUGUGAGUUUGAAGUGAUUGGGUUUCAGGUAAUAUUGCUUGUCUUGCGGAUGUUAUUUAUCUCUCCACAUGUGUUGUGCCAAUAUUAGAGCUUCAUACUAUAUUUCAAAAAUAUUUGUGCACGUUUUGAAUCGCAAUUGAAGCCGAAACGGUGAUUCUCAAAUUCUAGGGUUAAUGCAUCGUCUGAAUAAAUGACAAA